GGCUCAAGCAGAUCCGAAAAAGGUCCGUCAGAGGCCAUGAUGGUGCCGGAAGAGAGGCGGAACGCCGAUGCAGAGCGGGGCGAGAUGCCGGUGGUGCAGGGGAUACCCAUAGGGGCGCCGCAGGGCGGCAUGGCUAUGGUAGCAUUCACCACCUUGUCGCCCGAGGAGCAGGUGGUGCUGAACUAUCGCCUGGCGGUGAUGUGCUUCGCCUUCCUGGACUUCCUCACCACUUUGCUGAACGUCCUGACUGCCGUGAUGGGCACAGGGUACUACUGGUGGGAGCUGCUUCUGCUCAUCUUCCUCCUGGGGCCUCUGAGCGGCUUGCUGGGUGCCAAGCACUUGCACCAGAGCCUCACCGCAGUUUACGUGGGCUUUUGCGUCCUCAAGACGAUUGCUCAGAUCGUGUUUGCUGUCUACUUCUUCUGGCUGUGGCACAUCCUCUUCGCGUUUCUGCAGAUCUGGAUCACAAAGAUCGUGUUCACCUUCUGCCGCUGCUUGAGCCGCAUCCCCUUGGAGCGGCGUGCGCAGCUGUUGGACCUGAAGGAGGUAGAGCUCCGGAUGGUCUAUUGGUGAGGCCUGCAACAUUGGCAAGGAAGCGUCCGGAUUCACAGAGUUUCCAGGUGGCGCUGAGUGAAGAAAAGCGUGUUGAACGAUUUGUCAGGGUUGCUGAAAAACGAAAAAGGACACACCCCUUGGGGUCUUCUGAGAUCGGGGGCCUAUGUGCCUCCCUUUUGUCCCCUGGCCAUUCGGCUGGGGUUUCGUUUCGGCGCCAUUUGGAUUCGACCGAUUCGAGUCGUUAGCUCCCCGGCAGGGCAAAUGUACAGCUUGCCCGCCCGGCGCGGCGCGCGAAGCUGCGAUCUGGACCGGGCCCCAAAUCCGGUUCCAUCCCCCGAACCCGCGCGCACGAGGAGCGCGGGAGCGCGGGAGACCACGAGGUCGAGGAAGUUGUUUCGGUUUGGUUGAGGCAUGGCGUCUCCACAUCGUUCGCACCGCGCGGGCUCGACAGGGCCGGGGGCGGAAGAAUCCCGCCGUGCCCCCGGCUGUACAGCGGGCGGAAUUCGGAGAGCCAGCCGGUGCUUUCCACAUGCAUGCCAUCGCGUGGAUCAAUUGGCCAAACAGCUCGCCAUCCUUGGGCUUCAGAAUCCCCAGUUCCG